AAUUGAUCUUCUGGAAAUUCAAAUAUUUAAAUAUUGAAAGUGUUCUGGGGUAUGCGCUGUCACCUAGAUGAGUUGAACGAGACUGCACCAGUGUAGAUCGCCGACGCAAUUUUGCUCUGAUGUGUGAAUAACAACCCCUGAACCACGAUUAAUUUGUCGCUUCUGGAGACACGUACGACUGUGAUUUCACUAAGAACAACCUUCUCUGCCGCGGCAGGACCAUUUGGAUCUACAUGUAUUUGAAAAUCCAAGAUGGCUGCUCUCGACGCCAUACCAGAGGGGCGUGUCCGUCCUACCAUUGAACAGAUACUUCAAUGUCCGAUGUGCCUCGAUCGGUUCGAAAACCCCAAACUUCUUCCAUGUGGACACACGUUCUGUCUAGCUUGCCUGGAGUGCCGGUCAAGGACACAUCAUAUCACUUGUCCUCUUGACAAUAGGAAACAUCCACUGCCAGCGAAUGGAGUAAAAGGCUUUUCUAGCAACAUCACGGCGGAUGCGCUAACGGAAGUCGUGUUUUCAUCAGCGAAUAAAGUGAAUCGGACAGUUCUUAAAUACUGCUGUUCGGAUUGUGGGGAACUAUGUUCCGAACUCAAGAGGUGUUUUAACCAUUGUUCUGCCAUGAUUUGCCAACACUGCCAAGAUGAGCAUAUAAAUGAUUCCACAAAUCAUAUCAAAACUGUCUUGAAGGAAAUGCGUGAGAAAUUACAGACUUUGGGUGAUAAUUGUGAAAAGUGGGAAGCACAGCAUCGAGUUCUCUACAUGUCUUAUGAAAACGCACAGUCAGAACUGGACAGAGUAUUUAAAGUUUGUUUCGAAAAGCUUUGCGAGAAGCGCGUAGAGAGACAACACGCACUAGAGGAGAUGGUGACGCCGCAUUUGGAUGCAUUCAAGACUAAAAUCUGCAAGGCAAAGGAUUGUAAAUCAAAGGCAGAGCAAAUGUGCGCAGACAUGGAAGCGAGACUGCGGAAAACGGACCAAAUCCGCGAAGUAGAACUGCUCUGUAUUCGUCUAAAGUGUCUCCAGCAGUUGGCGUUGUUAGAGGAUUACGUCAUGGCAGAUCAGGAGGAAGAACCAUGUGCUGGAAUUGAAACUGUCAAGAUUGAACUAGAUGAGAACUGGAUGAAUUUUUGCAUUGGGAAAUUAUUUAGGAAGAGUAUCGUGUCUCGUUUAGGCUCAUAAAAUCCGAUUAAAGAGUGUCCAAACUACUGUAGAAGGACGAACUUACCUCGUCAGCCUAAAAUAUGUUGUUUGACCGUUUCAUGGGAGUUGUUCAUUUGAUGACUACGAACCACUAGUGGUUAUGGCCUAUAAACGAGGUCAACAUCCUAAAAGAUAGGCUAAACAGUCAAAGAUGUCUUGGGGAAUCUUGCAUUUUCAAAUAUGGUCUACCAAACCAUAGUGAGACAUUUCACGUCUUAUUCUUUUAUGGUAUCUAAGAGCCACCACGACAUGUAGUUGAUGUGGAGAGGUGUAGACUUCUGACCUUAAACAGACACUUAUAACAACCCAUAGAUGGAGUGUUAAAUUGCUUGCGCGAAAUGUGUCUGGUGUCGCAAUGUACUCACGUUUACUCUCGUUCUUGUACACUGAUCAGUCAUAAGGACUCCACAACCCAGUCAUCGUAAAUUCUCAAAUAUGAUUUUGAUAGUGGCAACCCGAUGACAUUGGUGUUGGUCGAUGAUGAUAGUUUAUUGUGCAAUAACUAACCUUUAUAUCUAGUCUUAUAGUCUAUAAAGCACAGAAAGCUGUUGCCAAGUUUCCUGUAGUUAAACAAUGCCUAUAUGCGAACUGCUGGAACAUUCAUUUGAAAUGAACUGACGGACUUUUGUGACUGUUCUGUCGCUCGCUUUAUGCCUGUAUCCACGUUAUCACUUUGGUAUCACAAAUCUGCCGUUUGGCGGCCUCCUUAUUGAUCUUGUAAAUAGAGAGCCUGCCUCGUGGUACCUAAGCUUUCCUUCAAGGAAUGUAUUUAACUAUCGUUUAAUAAA